UUUUGUUUCAAUUUUUGGAAUGUUUGGUGCACUCAGGGAUAAUGUGUUUUUACUUAAAUUGUUUGCCCUAUGUGUUUUCUUUGGUUAUCUUUUGUUGGUUGUAUCUACUUGUCUUUUAUUUCUUUUGUUUUAUUCUGAUGUUUCUGGAGAAUCUUCAACAUUUAUAUCGAUUCAAUCUGUGCUCCUACACUCAAUCGCUCGAUAUCAUUCCAAUAAAAAUUAUGCAGAUUUUAUAGAUUAUCUUCAAGAACAAGUCUUUUUAUUAAUUUUUAUUGGAGUUAAUUCAGGAAGUAGCCUUUUUAGUGAUAAAAAUUUUAGACAAAUUUCUGAUUGUGGAGUGCCAUAUUCUUGUUGUAGAAAAUCUGUGGUUUCUAGAGCGGGUGCCGGUGAAGUUAACCCUCUCACACCUGCAAUUCGCUCAAUUCAGUGUUGGCAAAAUGCGCAGAAGAAGAGAGAACAGGAAUUAGAUUCUGAUAUUUAUGUCCUUGGAUGUCUCCAACCAUUACGCACAUUAUUUGAUUCACAUGCUUUACAUAUUGGAAUGAUUGUACUUUCUAUUAUAUUCCCAGUGUGUGUAACUGUUUGUCUCUCUCAAUGUUUGGCACGGCAAAUAGACUAUCAACACUUUUUACUGCGAAGAGAGCAAAGGCGAAUAGCUCGAAAUGAGAGGAGAGAAAAGCGUUAUUUGGAGCAGAAAGGAGAAAUUAAAAUUGGAAAACAACACAAAAGACAACAAACAGAAAAUACCCAAAAACAAGGAGAAAAAGCCGAAGUUAUUGUUCCACUUAAUAAAUGUUCCCCUCCUCGUUCUCCACCCAAAGUCAAACCACCGCCUACACCAAAAAAUGAUGAGGAAGCAGCCCAAUUAGGUACUUCAAUUAAAGCUGGCAAACUUGAGUGGAAGAUUGGAAAAACUGGACGAAAGGCACCAAAAGAAUCUUCUUCUAGAGCUUCCAGUUUCUCCCCUCUUCGCAAUCUUUCAAUUAAAAAUAACAAAAAAUGUGAAGGAAAGAGAAAGUCUUCAACCCUCGAAUCUGUGCCAAACAAUAAAAUUAAAAAGCGGGUAUUUGAUGGCAAAAAAGAACAGCUACAUCCAAGCCAUAAAAAUAAUAAUUUUGAAAAAUUAAAUAAUAAAAAUUGUAUUAAAAAUAUUCAGCCAGAACCGUCUGCCCCUCCAAUGUAUUUUACUAUGCAAUUGCAACAACACCAUUUCAAUUAA